AUGAGUGCUGCCGCUACAGAAGGACCGCCUGAGGCGAAAAAGUUUCGCAUUGACUUGCCGACACAGGUGGUGGUCGAGCCGUCAUUGUGCUCGACAGAGUCGCUUGAAGGUCCAGCAGCGGCUGAGGGACAGUCACCAGCAGGACCAAGCUCAGCACGUUCCACUAAUGGAUCGGAGAUCUCGUCUGAAUCGAUGGAGAAAGACGAUGAACCGGAACCGAGCAUGACGAGCAACAUACUGGAGAUGAUCAGCAAAAGUCUGCUCGGUAAUGUGUUCAAGCUAGACGAUGUCUCACGUCCACCACGUCUACCGUCCGUUCCAGCAUCGCCUGUUGCAGCCCCGAUUCCCGGAUCGGUUGCGGUCGCCCAAUCGCCAGCAGCGCAGCUCUUCUCAGAGGUUUCCUCUUCAAUUUUUCGGGGAUAUGAAUGUAUCAUCGGUGACUGUACAUACAGCCUGAAGGGCCCGCACACUAGCACGUUGGCUUGUCAUCUUAAGAAACACUCGGCCGAAUAUGCAGAGUUUCAGAAACUUAAGGUCGACUACACUCGCGAGCGCUACGGUGGUCAACUGCCAUCAUCGCCAUCGUCAUCUGCUUGCGGGUCGAAUUUCUCCUCAACCAGUAACAAUACACCGGUUCAGAAAUUGCAGAAACCAAAGAAAGAGGUCAAAACUGACGUUGGUGGAUUUAAAUUUCGUAUGGUACUUAUUCCUUUGCGCCACGAGGUAGAUUUCUUACAAAGCACAAAUUUUGGGAUCUACCGUUUAGACUGCAGGCCAUCGGCUGGUAUACCGGGGCUGCUGCACAAUCUUGUGCAGAGUGUGAGUCCUUUCCAAAUGAUAAUGAAUCUGCAGAUUCCUACGUCGUCUGCUAACAGUGCUACUCUGGCGGCAAAUCAAAUGCUGCAACAUGCAGGACUCACCAUCAACGCUUCGGGUCAAAUAAUGCAAUCGAAAAAGUGGCGACGGGACGAACGACGUCAACGAGAACUUGAGCAGCGACUAGCAAUGGCCUUAACAACCUCGUACCUUGGUUCCGAAGUCUUAGCCAAUCCACUUUGGAAGGAGCUUCUCGAGGCCGCACAACCGAAAUUCACUCUCAAUGAUGAUCCGCAGUAUUUUGAACAGUUGAUUGCUACAUUGCACGUACGUCUCCUGCAGUCUAUCCGUAGCCUGCUAGCUUCUGCGGUUUGCGUUUCAGUGCUGGUGGAUUGUGUUCGUGUUACCCCCAGCACUGGCACAGAUCCAGUAUUCAGAUUAUGUGUAUCAGCUGCUUUUCCGGCGUUCAUCAAUCAGAAAUACGAGGUGCAAGUGGUCCUGCUCUCGUUCCGCCCAUUAGUCCAAGCUGAUAACACGUCGGAAUCUGUUGCGAUGACGAUCGAUCAGGUGAUGUCAGAGUAUGAUCUUCCACAGGAGAAGGUGACACGAAUAGUUUGUUCCGGGGUUAAACAAUUGCUCGACGACGACGAAGGUACUGUCGUCGAUAAACAGAUGGAACCGUUCAGUCAGCGAAUCAUGGCUUGUUUUACGCACUUUCUUGAGUCGAAUUCAGCCAUUGAUGAGCUGAAGAAGAGCGUCUAUCAAAUGAUAUUCGCCUUCGUAACCAGGCAGGAGGCACUGCAGGCGUUGAAUAAAGCAGCAGGACGAAUCGUGGAUUUGCCACUCAGCGAGCCAUUUCCAGUUUUGGCUGAAGCGGUGGUGAACAUCAAGCAUGCCAUUGAGCAAGUGACGUUCGACGGCAUCUAUCGACACCUCAGCGAAGAACAAUGGUUAGUGUAA